UGAUGAUGAAUCUGUCGAAGAUCAUGUAUUACGGAUCAUAAAUAAUGGAGAGUAUACAAGUGUUCUCACUUUAACAGCUCUAUCAUCGGUAUUUCAUCGUCCUGUACGAUCGGUGUAUCCGAAUGUUAACGGAGAUGUCAGUGGUGAAAAAGAUGGUUAUUAUACAUUACUGAAUCGGACAUUUGAACCACGAGAAGAUUCGCAAAACUCAUCAGCGGUAGAAUUUAUGUGGUCCGGAUCGAAGCCGAAACGUGAUCGAAUAUGGCGCGGAAACCAUUUCGUGCCACUUCUUUCUACACAUCAACAACAGAUGAAUACACAAUCAGGAAUGGAUUUUAGUACACCAUUUUCAUAUGAACAACACCAACAGCCAUCUUCGCAUGAAAAAAUGAGGUCAAAUAUUAAUUUUAACGAAAAUGAACAAGAACUUCUCCCAACGCCCGCUAUCCCAACGAAUUUUUUGGAGCAAGAAGAAAAUGAUGAAAACAAACCAGAUAGGGCAGCAUUUUUAUCACGGCAGAUAUUUUUCGACGCAGCUAAUGUCAUCCAACAAGUCAUUAGCAAUAGCGAAGAGAAUAAACAAUUAGUUGGAAAAGAUGGUUGCGGUGCAUGGACACAAGAUCGGUCUGCGACCACAUCAUUUAUUUUGUGUAAUAACAAAUUGUAUCAAAUAGUACGACGUAACGAAAAGGGGAAAUUUUAUUAUAAUGAAAGAAUUGGUAGGAAUUAUGUAUCCAAAGUAGUUGAAGAAAAUGAUUUUAUUACAUUGAAAAGGUAUAAAUGCAUACUCUCCGCUAUGCGCGCCUAUUUUUUCAAUUGUCUUCUAGAAUUUAUGCUAAUAAAAAAUUUAAUAGUCAAACAAUACGAUAUAGAUUAGCCUCGUUCUUCAAAAACCGUGCACAAAAAUGCCAAAAGAUUUUUUUGUGCACGGAAGCAAACAGCAAACUGUGCACAGAAAAGACAACUUCAUGUAUUAAAGAAAAUCGUCUUACUGUAUUCAAAUUACUAUUAAUUAAUCGUAAGUAGUAAUUUGAGCUUUCCCAAAUAUGUCUUUACGAAAAUUACAUGUAUGCAUCGAACUCACAUUAUAAGAAAAAAAGAAAAAUAUGCACAGUUCUUGUUGAUGACCAUAAAUAACAAAGUUACGUUACAAUCGUGUCUAUUGAUGAUGUCAGAAAUCGUAUGAGCUAAGCACUUACCAUGAUCGUACAAUGUCCGAUGGAAAGUACUCUUACAUACGAACUUAGUGUUAGAUAGAAAGCUAAAGGAACAGAGCGUACCGGCCUUGGUAGUCGCUUCCACUAGCUUCGCUGUUGUUUGCAAAAUACUUUCACCGGUCGUUUGCAUAAUUCCUGCAAUAAGAAACGCAAGAUAGCAUUAUGAUCUGUAGAGAAAACACAAAUUAUACGACUGACCAGGACAUGGAGGCAGGUGAUCGCACGGUUGUAAGGCAUAGAGUAGUCCACUGCACCGAUCGCACUGACGUCCAGUUUCACUAUUGAUGCAAGUGCGAUUUCUUAAUCUGAUACCAUCACCACACGUCACUUGACAAUCUAAAUCUGUCCACUCAGACCAUCUACAGUCUGAAAGGAAAAAGAUAAGACACCUUUGUUAUUUGAGUUUUGAGAAGAAGAGCUCUCACGUCUUCUUGCUAAUUAUGGAUUCACUUUAAAUAAUUAUCAUACCUGGCUCCAUUGUAACUGUUGUCAUGGGGGUAGUCCGAACAGUUGAGCCAUCUAUGUAGAAAAAGAAAUAAAGGUGAAACAUCCACCGAAACAACAUUGUUUGAAAGAAAAUUACUUGUUUACUUGUGGAAAAACGGCUGCAACUGCUUCCUUGAUCUCGGCUGCUGUGUCACUACCUAUUGCAGGAGGAGACUGACCAUCUGCUGCUCGUUUAAUGUACGUUAACAAUUCUUGUUAUGCUGUUGCAUUAUUUCGAUAAUGUAUCAUUAUGGGCCCAACGAAUACCGGUGUUUUUUUUGUUUUUCGAUUUUGAAGGCUUGUGUUACGAAAUAUGGUAGGCGUUACAAAAUAAUUUCCCAAAUUAAAUGUGGUGUCUAAGCCUAGAAUACAAAAUACAAAACGCAUGUAAUGUAUGGCUUCUUUAGGAAACUUGAGUAAAGUACAUACAUAAAACUACUGGGGGUCUAUUUAAAGUGUACAGUGAUGACUUCUUGAUCAGCUGAGGCACACAAAUCAAGCACCGCAUAGGAGUGAUUCUUUUGGAAGCGUACCAGAGUUGAUAUCGACUUUGUCCGAAUUGUUCGGGAGUAACAGGACUAGUACAACUCGGCCUCCUGGUGACGAAUAUUACGUUUAAAAGAUUUUAAAACAAUGGCAUGGUGGCCUUCUAGACCUGUGGAAAUCCCAUUGUCCAACAGAACCGUCGUUUUGUGCGCAUUUUCAUCAUUUUUUAGUGAAACACUUUUAUGAGCUGGUACCGCCCGAUUAGCUUUUAUAUGCGCAGAGCUACAAAAUCACUAGCGGAGAAAAACUUCCGAAAUGUUGACCACGUUCGCAGAAAAAUACUUAAAAAUCUCGUUUUUUCCGAAAAACAGGCCGUUGUUGUAAACUGGUUUUCCCCCAUAAAAUCAUAUCAACAAAAGGCAACAAGAUAUGCAUUCGACGCGCCUUUUCGCUUUCUAUCUUGUGAAGUGGUUCGCAUUGCGAAUAGAAAACGUUUAAUGGUAGAAAAAAACAGCUUUUAAAGCCGAUUUUUCUCGUUUUUCAACGUUUGAGUACGUGCUGCACCAUUCUACGGGAUUGCAGGACAUGGGAUGACAUAUAUUUCGCAUGUACUCGAUGUGGGCUAGUAGACAAACACGUUUUUGGGGCCGGGCCCACAAACAGCAGAACCCCAGGGUUUCAGCCCCAAAAGCCCCACAAAUUUAGGGGGGGUGG